AUGGAGCUGUUCCAAGCCAAGGAUCACUACAUCCUGCAGCGCGGGGAGCGGGCGCUCUGGUGCAGCCGGAGGGACGGUACCCUGCAGCUGCGACCCGCCACUGAUCUUCUUCUGGCCUGGAAUCCUGUCUGUCUGGGCCUGGUAGAGGGAGUGAUUGGGAAAGUUCAGCUUCAUACAGAUCUACCAUGGUGGCUACUUCUCAUUCGCCAGAAAGCAUUGAUUGGCAAGCUUCCAGAAGGCCAUGAAGUAUGCAAAAUAACCAAAAUUGCAGUGAUUCCACUCUCUGAAACAGACCCUCAGGAUCUGGAGUUGGAGCUCUGUAAAAAGCAUCACUUUGGGAUAAAUAAGCCAGAGAAGAUUACACAGUCUCCAGAUGACUCUAAAUUUCUACUCAAGACCUUUACUCAAAUUAAAUCAAAUGUGUCUGCAUCAAAUAAAAAGAAGAUAAAAGAAAGUAAGGAGAAGGAGAAACUGGAGAGGAGAUUAUUAGAAGAACUCUUCAAAAUGUUCAUGGAUUCAGACUCCUUUUACUACAGUCUGACUUAUGACCUAACAAACUCUGUCCAGAAGCAAAGCUCAUGUGAGAAGACUAACUUGCCACUGUGGAGGAAAGUUGAUGACAGAUUCUUUUGGAACAAACACAUGAUUCAAGAUCUCAUCAAUACUGAUAACGCAGAAGUGGACUCUUGGGUUAUACCCAUCAUCCAGGGAUUUGUACAGAUUGAAGAACUUGUAGUUAAUUACAAUGAUGCAUCUGAUGAUGAGAAAAGCAGUCCAGAGACGCCUCCUCAGGAGCCAAUUUGUGUAGAUGAUAUUCACCCGCGAUUUCUGGUAGCACUUAUCUCACGCCGAAGUCGGCACAGAGCUGGGAUGCGGUAUAAACGAAGAGGUGUUGAUAAAAAUGGGAAUGUGGCAAAUUAUGUGGAGACAGAGCAAUUGAUUCAUGUCCAUAAUCAUACUCUCUCAUUUAUUCAAACACGAGGCUCUGUGCCAGUGUUCUGGAGUCAGGUUGGAUACAGGUACAACCCACGACCACGACUAGACAAGAGUGAAAAGGAAACUAUACCCUAUUUCUGUGCACACUUUGAAGAACAACUGAAAAUUUACAAGAAACAGGUUAUUAUUAACUUGGUGGAUCAGACUGGACGAGAGAAGAUUAUUGGAGAUGCUUACCUUAAACAAGUACUACUAUACAACAAUUCAAACCUUACUUAUGUUUCCUUUGACUUCCAUGAGCACUGCAGAGGAAUGAAGUUUGAAAAUGUUCAAACAUUAACUGAUGCCAUUCACGAUAUCAUCCUUGAUAUGAAGUGGUGUUGGGUUGAUCAAGCUGGUGUGAUUUGUAAACAAGAAGGAAUUUUUCGUGUUAAUUGUAUGGACUGUCUGGAUCGGACCAAUGUAGUCCAGGCUGCUAUUGCAAGAGUGGUCAUGGAACAGCAGCUAAAAAAGUUGGGUGUGAUGCCACCAGAACAGCCUUUGCCAAUGAAAUGCAACAGAAUCUACCAGAUAAUGUGGGCAAACAAUGGAGAUUCCAUAAGCAGACAGUAUGCUGGAACAGCAGCUUUAAAGGGUGACUUCACAAGAACUGGCGAAAGGAAACUGGCAGGAGUAAUGAAAGAUGGAGUCAAUUCUGCAAAUAGAUACUACUUGAAUCGCUUCAGGGAUGCUUAUAGGCAAGCAGUCAUAGAUUUGAUGCAAGGUAUCCCUGUGACUGAGGAUCUUUAUUCCAUAUUUACAAAAGAGAAAGAACAUGAAGCACUGCACAAGGAGACACUGAGAAGCCAUCAGGAACUGAUCAGCCAGCUAUUGCAAAGUUACAUGAAACUACUCUUACCAGAUGAUGAAAAAUUCCAUGGUGGAUGGGCACUUAUUGAUUGUGACCCAAGCCUCAUUGAUGCUACUCACAAAGAUGUGGAUGUUCUAUUGCUGCUUUCGAACUCUUCCUACUAUGUGGCGUAUUAUGAUGAUGAAGUUGACAAAGUAAAUCAGUAUCAAAGACUAAGCCUCGAAGCCUUGGAGAAAAUAGAAAUAGGUCCUGAACCCACCCUUUUUGGAAAGCCCAAGUUCUCUUGCAUGAGGUUGCAUUAUAAAUACAAUGAAACAAGUGGAUAUUUUCAUACUCUCAGAGCUGUGAUGCGCAACCCUGAAGAAGAUGGAAAAGACACCCUUCAGUGUAUUGCAGAGAUGCUGCGAAUCACGAAGCAAGCUAUGGGAUUAGAUGUGCCCAUUAUUGAGAAAAAGCUGGAGAGGAAGAGCAGUAAACCUCAUGAGGACAUCAUUGGCAUUAGAUCCCAGAAUCGAGGAUCCCUGGCCCAAGGCAAGAAUUUCUUAAUGAGCAAGUUUUCAUCUCUUAAUCAGAAAGUCAAACAAACCAAAUCCAAUGUUAACAUUGGCAGUCUUCGCAAGUUAGGGAAUUUUACCAAGCCUGAAAUGAAAGUCAAUUUUUUAAAACCCAACUUGAAAGUUAAUCUUUGGAAAUCAGACAGUAGCCUUGAAACUUUGGAAAAUCCAAUGGCAGAUACUAAAGUUCGUGCUGAAUCAGAUAUUGAAAUAUCAGAUGAUGACUCUUUUCAUUCCGAUGACUUCCUGACAAAUUCUAAAUCUGAUGAGGACCAUCAGUUAACUGGCUCUUUAGAGAAUGUGGGACAGAUAGACUAUGUUUUGCCCAGCUGUGGUAUCAUUGCAUCAGCUCCUCGACUGAGUAGUCGGUCCCAGUCUAUAAAUAGCACUGACAUCAACAUUAGCAUUCACAUUCCUUCAGAGAUCCAUGUUGCCCAGGCUAGCCGGCCUGAGUGUGAAGACAGACCUAUGCAGGGAAGUCCUUUUGCUGACAAUGUGGCGAUGGAGUUCACUAAACCCAUCGAUGCAUACUGCCACAGAUUUGUACAAGAUGCUCAAAACAAGAUGACAGAAGAUUCAGUGGCAGAGACUGCUCCUCAAAAGCCCUGCCAAGGAGUAGAUCAAACCAGCAAUAAUGCUUCUCAGAAAACAGAAACCUGGUCAGAAACAAACAGAGACAUCCCUUCAAGGCCAUCUAAAUUGGAUGUACCAUUUUCUGAGUCAGGUUCUCAGUUCUUAGCUGUUGAGGAAGUUUACUCCAAUAGAUCUCAUAAGAGCCCAGGAUCUGCAUCCAGUAUUCUUGAAGUUGAGACAGGACUUCAUAUGACUCCUUCUCCAGCAGACAGUAACGGCAGCAGAGCAGUCUCCCCCUUUGCUAAGAUCCGCAGUUCUAUGGUCCAAGUUGCUAAUAUUACACAAGCUGGAUUAACCCAAGGGAUAAACUUUGCAGUGGCAAAGGUGCAGAAGAGCCCAGCAGAACCAGAGGCCGUAAAUGAAGUCCAACAAAAUGAACUGAUAGAAAUGUUUACACAGUGCCAGACCCGAAUAAUUCAGAUUUAG